AAACUUAAUACUUCUUUGUAUUCACAAAAAAGAAAAAUAACUGUCCUCACGCAGUUUCUUUUUCUUAUCGCUAGAGGGCAGUGAAGCGCGUCUGUCGAUUUUAAACCAACGUUGCUAAACAAACAGAAGAAACGCACUGCAAAAUAUGAUACAGUUCAGCUAAACGUGACUUUGAACUUUCAACGAUUUGAUCUCAGACAGUUUAAAUGUUCUCCUAAUUAAUGUCAACAGUAUGAACAGGAAUAUGGAGAAUUUUAGCACAGUUUUUGCUGUUGUGUCGGCUGUAAUGGUGUUGUAUUUCUCUCAUUCGCUUUACUCUUCUCACGCAUUAUUUACAACAAGCACAGUGUUUGACAGCAGAGGAGCUUUGCCAGGAUCUGUUUACCUCAUGAUCAGAUUCAUUCAUCAAUCUCUCCGCAAAAAGCGAGGACACAUGAGACAAAACAAAGAGCACGAGCUUGUUCUCGCUUUGAUCAACUGUAGGUAUGACGUGAUGUCUCUGAGGAGGUUCUGCAGUGUUGGAGGUUACGGUUGGGAUUAUCCCGAUAGUGUCUUCAGAGAUAUUCCUUUGUGUUACCCUGAGAUUCUCUUCAGAAGAUUGAUCACAAUGAUCGUGUGCUCGGAGAAGUUCAAACUCAGUCCAAGGGGUCUGUUGAGUGUGGGUGAAACAGUGCACGUGUCUGAUGCUGUGGAUGAGCUGAAGAGAGGAGCGUUCUGUCUGCAGGCCCGAGUGAUGGAGUACAGGACUGUUCAUAAAGGAGUGGAGGUGGAUCUCUCUUUAUCUGCAUCCAGAGAUCAACAGAUCAUAUGGAACAGCACAUUGACUCUUCUGUCUCCUAAUAGCACACAUACACCUGGUUCUCAUUCUGACACAGACAUCACACACGAUCUGUCCUCUCUGAGGUGUAUCCAGCUUAGUGUCCCCUGGACCACAAGUGUGAGUUGUGCUCGGGUGUUUGGUGACCUUUGCCCCCUAUCUGCAUCUCUUUUUGGGUUCACGCGGCCUGCCGCCCCCUCGUUGUGGAUGUUCUCCAGGUGCAUGGCAGAGAUAGAGAAGCACAAAGGAGCUGAAGCGGUACGAGCUCCUCUGACUGUGUCGGUUCGAUACGUGAAGCCUCUGUCUUUACCCAAUCAAGUCACCAUCAGAAUCAAUGAGCACAAAGAUGCUGAAGUAUCAACAACGGCAACGUUUUCACUGGAGGACCAUCGGACCGGAAGCAUGUACAUCUCAGGACAGAUCCAAAGACAUUCACAUGAGAAGAUAUAAAGGUAGAGCUUUGUCACAGACAUUUUAACAGAAAGAAAAGUCAUCGGUAUAUGAACCGGUCCACACAGAUUAUUUACUAAAACUGCAAAAAUGAUUCGCUUAGAAAUAUGAGCUUUCCUGUAGCUCAGUGGUAAGAGUAUGGUGCUAACAACGCCAAGGUCGUGGCUUCGAUCCCAGGGAAUUUCACAUAAUGUAAAGGAUAAUGCAAUGCAAGUCGCUUCCAAAGCGUCUGCCAAAUUCAUGAAUGAAUGAAAUUAAAUAUUUGUGUAAUGUUUGUGAUGUCACAACUGAUUUAUUAAAGGUGGGAUAACAUGA